UCAAGUUCCGCAGUCGCUUAUGAAUUCACCGGAACGUCGUGUCUGAGCUCACGCGCCGCUUCUAUUUCCGCUGCUUAUUAAGCCUAGAUUCGGAGGGAAGGACAGCAGAAUGAACGGCCAAACCAGCCACCAGCAGCCAAAGGAUCGCCACGACGACGAUGCUACGCUCACAGAGUUCCUCGCUUCUUUGAUGGACUAUACACCCACGAUACCUGAUGAAUUGGUGGAGCAUUACUUGGCGAAAAGUGGAUUCCAGUGCCCCGACACCCGAUUGACAAGGCUGGUAGCAGUUGCAACACAGAAGUUCAUUGCAGAUGUGGCAACUGAUGCACUUCAGCAGUGUAAGGCAAGGCCAGCUGUAAUCAAGGACAAAAGAGAUAAACAGCAAAAGGAGAAGCGUUUGAUCUUGACGAUGGAGGAUCUUUCCAAGGCUCUACGGGAGUAUGGUGUGAAUGUCAAACAUCAAGAAUACUUUGCUGACACUCCAUCUGCUGGUCUAGAUCCUGCUUCAAGAGACGAAUAACUACUUGUCGGAUACAAUUGGAGUUGUGUACCACACUCACUGUAUCUGAAGGUUUGUUCAUUUGGUGUAGCAGAUUCUAUCACUAUCAUAUCCAUUCGAUUCAAAUUACUAGCAAUUUCAAAUUUUGUGCAAUGGAACUCUGCCAAAUUUAGUGGAAUAUGAUGAAACGUGUGCAGUACA